CAUUCAUGCACACUUGUUCGGGACGGCGUUAGCUUGCAUCAUCACGCGCAGUAAAAAUCAGAUAUUUUUCAGCAGAGUGAAAAUGCCUGAUAUAAUAAAGAUCGCUGGUGAUCACAUCCUCAUAUACGAAGCGUAUUAUAAACAGCUCGAUCCAAAGGCAACAAACGAAAUCGGUGCACUCGAUGCCGCAAAGUUUCUCAAAAAAUCCGGACUAAGCGAUGUGGUCCUCAGCAGAAUAUGGGAUUUGUCCGAUCCGACCGGUCGAGGUUUUCUCACCAAGGAGGGUUUCUUUGUGGCGUUAAAACUAAUUGGACUGGCCCAGGAAGGAUCGGAGAUUAACAUGAAGAACAUCUACAACGAGUUGCCGAAGCCACCAAAAGUGGGUGAUUUACCGAAGGUACCUGCUCAAGUAAAAUUGGUUCCCACAGAAAACAGCGAUUGGUCAAUUAAGCCAGAAAAGAGGCAACAGUAUGAACAGCUAUUUGAAACUCUUGGGCCGAUGAACGGUUUACUACCGGGAGCAAAAGUACGCAACACUCUCAUGAACUCAAAGUUGCCCGUAGAUACUUUAGGUCGCAUUUGGGACUUAGCCGACCAGGAUCGGGAUGGCAGCCUUGACAAACACGAAUUUUGUGUUGCAAUGCACUUGGUGUACGAAGCACUAGAUAAACGCGCCAUUCCGGCCACACUGCCGCCACAAUUGCAACGCAAUGCCCAAAGUAACACUCAAAACGAUAACGGCUUUGAUGCGUUCGGAAGCGGCGAUGGUGGUUUCGUAGCGAACUUCCCUACAGAUAUUGCACCACCGCCUACAGUGCCGCCGCUUCCGGCAGCAGCUCGUGCAACACCGCCGAUCAUUCCACCGGCACCGCUAAUUCCGCUCAUUCCGACCGGGGGAGCGGAUGCUAUCACCAGCAAUGUCUGGGUAGUGACAACGCUGGAACGUUGCCGUUACGAAGAAAUAUUCAAUAAGAGCGAUCUGGAUCGAGAUGGACUUGUUUCCGGGCACGAAAUCAAGGAAAUUUUCCUUCAGUCUGGCUUAGCGCAAAAUGUUCUCGCCCAUAUCUGGGCCUUGUGCGACACCAAUCAAACCGGCAAACUGAGACUGGAGGAAUUUUGCCUUGCUAUGUGGCUUGUAGAACGUGCAAAGAAAGGAAUUGAUCCGCCACAAGCAUUGGCACCCAACAUGGUGCCACCCAGUAUGAGGAAGAGUUCGUUAAUUGCCCCGCCGGAACCAAAACCGACCUACAGCAACCCAGAACUGGAAAUGAUUUCUAAGGAGAUCGAGGAAUUGGCCAAAGAACGCCGACUGCUGGAACAGGAAGUAGCCCAAAAAGAGGCAGACGUUCGAAUAAAGAAUGGAGAAAUGAGAAGUUUGCAGAGUGAGUUAGAUACCUUGACCGCUACGCUAAAACAAUUAGAGAAUCAAAAAGGCGAAGCACAGAAACGACUCGACGAUCUCAAAAAUCAAAAAGUUGAAGUAGAUACUGCCAUUGCUAGUGCACGAGAGCAGGUGAACAAAAUUCGUGAGCAAUGUCAGAAACAGGAGGCAACCCUCAAGGAGCAGGAAGGUGAGUUAGAUUCCCGUCGGUCGGAGUUGCAAAAGCUAAAGGACGAAGAGCAGGCACUAGAGAAAGAGUAUAACGCUGGCACCAAAGAUGUAGAUCGACUAACAUCACAGUUGCAAGACACCCAGCUCGAGAUUAGCCAAGUCAAAGCUAUGGUCACUCAGAUUCAGGAAUAUCAGCGACAAAUGACCGACGCGUUGGCUAUGUUCCGCAACGCAAUCGAUACAAACGAUCCGGUGCUGGUGUCGGAUUACUCACUCAAAAUAGAACCCGAAUUUAGAGAGGCCAAACAGGCACUCGAAGAAAAAGAAGUAGAGAAUGCCAACAAGCGGGAUCCAUUUGGUGAUAAUAAGGCAAACGGAUUCGGUACGACAGAUGGAGAAACUGGAUUUGGCGAUGAUUUUAAAACCAACGGUUUUUCAACACAAUUCGACACGAGCAAUGGUUUCCAAAGCUCCGGGUUCGAUGAUGGCUUUUCAAGUGCUUUCGACAACAAGAGCAGCGAUCCGUUCGCUUCUUCCGCAGGAAGCGCCGAUCCGUUCGCUGAUUCGAAAGGAACUGCACAACCGGCCGCAAAAGACGAGUUCGGUUGCGAUCCGUUUGCCAUUCUACACGCUCCAACUACCGCUAGUCAGAUACUCACUCCUAGCCCAAACAAGUCAAUCGCUCCUCCAAGACCCGAAUCACCGAGUCCAGCGUUACCGCCUAAAAAAGCCAAACAACCUCCACCACGGCCAGCUCCUCCGCGACCGCUGCAGGGACCCACUCCCACAAAGCCAGCUCCUCCAUCAACCGACGCGUUCGGUGACAGCAGCGGUGGAAGUUUUGCCAACUUCGCGGACUUCGACAAUAAGAACCUUAAGCCCGCGGUACCCGCGAAUCCUCUGCCAACAUCCUUGAUCCUGGCGAUGCCUACCCUGUCGCUGUCACCGUCUCCAGUGACUGGCGUUAGCGGUGUGGCACCGUCACCAUUACCAGUGCUUCUGGGCGCGCCGUCCGCUGGUAUCGCAAAAUCCAGCUCCGGGCUUUCAUCCUCCCCUGCGCCAAGUGCCAGCAGUGAAGCGUCCAAAACGGCUGCGGCCUCAGCAGUUGAUUUUGUCGAGGAUCCAUUCAAGGACUACCGGUACGAGGAUCCGUUCAAUAUCGAUGAUCCGUUCGCGGAUGACGAUGUAGGUCACACUAAUACGGAAGACCCCUUCAGUUCGGAUUCACUGAACAGUGCUCGUGCCGUCAGUCCCAGAAAGCCACCGGUUGGUGCGACCAGCACCAAUCAGCUUGACGAUUUAUUCGGUGAUGCGCAGAACAACAAUUUCCUAUUUAGCAGCUCCGCUGCCGGACUCAACACCAGCACGAAGUUUUCCGACUCGGAUCCGUUCGAGGCAUUUAACAAUAAUUUCAGCAAAAAUACUACCUCUAGUAGACCACCAGAUCUACUGUUUAAAGCUUUCGGUGUGACGGAUACCUCGGCAAAACAUACGACUGAUUCGAAAGGGGCAUUUUUUGGCGCAACGGCCAACGCCAGCCCGUUUGAGGAUGAAUUCAUCCAGACCGAGCGGGAAUUUGUUAAGAUGGACUUCUCAAGUAAUAAUAAUAACAGCAGUAGUAUCAAAAGACAGGGAAGCCGAGCCUCGGAAACGCUUGGUUUUGCCAACUUUGAAGCAUUUAGUAACAUCAGUAAUAAUCUAAAGAACAGCAACAGCUUGAAGCGUACGAAGGAGGGUAAAAGGGCAGUUCCGACGCCACCUCCUGUGACUAAGUUCAACGAGGACUAUUCGAAGGAAGACGCAUUCGAGAUGGAUAUGCAAGCUGUUUUGGAACGAUCGAAGCGAGAGCAGUAGUGGUGCUGCGAGGGCGAUUUGUUGUUUUUGUAAUGUUUUAUUCGUUAUUUUUCUUCGAAUUUGUUUCUUCCCAGAGAAAACUAGUUAGUUGGCUGACUCACAAUAUAGUCAACGAGAGAGAAAAGAUUUUACCUCUUAACCGUUACAACCCAUUCCCAGAGUUGGGAAUCAUCCGUUUCGAUUUGUUGAAAUAUGUAUUUCAUUUUUCUAUUACCGGCAAAGCCUGGCGCUAUUUACUUUUAAAUUUCACAAAACAUAUAAUUUUCAUUAACAGUCUCGAGGGAAACUUAACAUUGAUAUUAAAACAAAAAGAUAGAACACUAGUGAAGUGAACCUGUGACUUGAACUUCUCGUUUGUUAUGUAGCACCAAAUUGAUUAAUCUGAUAAUUGGCACAAUUAAAAUACUACAUUAUCUGGCUGUGAAUGUUUAAA